UUUGUUGGUACACUCGGUGUUGAUUGGUUUGUUUUAUCAAGAGGAAAUGCUGGAUAUAUUAUAGCUGGUAUUAUUAAAUUAAUUAUUUCAUUGGGAUGUUUUAUUGGAUGGCCGUUUCUUUUUGCUGGUAGAUCGAAAAAAUCACGUAAAUAUAUUACUAUUAGUAGUUUCAUCAAUGCUAUUCUUACUACAGCUUCUGUUAUAUGGUGGCUUACAGAUUGGAUUCGUAUUCUAGCUGAUGUAUUUUAUGAUGGCAACGGAGCACCUUUACAAAGAUGGGGAUAUGAUGAUUAUUAUAACAGAAUCCCAUAUCGCGUGUAA